UUGUCCUAUUGAGGUUAUGCGCCAUAUUGGCAGUCUCCUCCAUCUCGCCAAACGUCGAGCAUGCAUGUCUGUAACCGGUUAUUGAGGAGAUAUCUUUAAACAUUUGCAGUCACCUACGAGCAACACUAUGGAGGCCGUCAAAUCAUUUAACAAUGAGCUGUACUCAUUGAAUGAGUACAAGCCACCCAUAUCCAAGGCCAAGAUGACCCAGAUCACCAAAUCUGGAAUCAAAGCUAUAAAAUUCUACAAGCAUGUUGUCCAGAGUGUGGAGAAGUUCAUCCAAAAGUGCAAACCAGAAUACAAGGUGCCCGGCCUUUACGUGGUGGACUCCAUCGUCAGGCAGUCGCGUCACCAGUUUGGCAUGGAGAAGGACGUUUUUGCUCCACGCUUCAGCAAGAACAUCAUCGCCACGUUCCAGCACCUCUACCGCUGCCCUUCAGAUGAUAAGAGUAAGAUAGUGCGAGUCCUGAACCUGUGGCAGAAGAAUGCGGUCUUCAAGAGUGACAUCAUCCAGCCUCUGUUGGACAUGGCGGCAGGGAUCGCCCCGCCCAUCGUCACUCCCAUCAUGCCCAGCAGUGCUUCUCAAGUCAAUAACACAACACCUGGUAGCCCAGCUACUCCUGCGACCCCCGCUAACAUCGUGCAGGGUCUGCCUGACUGGGCCUCCCAGAUUAACAACACAGACACAGUGGCUGCUGUGGCACAGAUCCUACAGAGUCCCCAGGGACAGCAGCUGCAGCAGCUGGUGCAGAGCCUCCAGAUGCAGCAGCAGAAGCCGCAGCCCUCCCUGCUGCAGGCCCUGGACGCAGGCCUGGUGGUGCAGCUGCAGGCUCUGACAGCCCAACUCACUGCUGCCGCUACUGCCAACAGCAUGAACCCCCUGGAGCAGAGGGUCUCCUCUUUUAAUAAGAAGCUGCUGGGUCCUUUUGAUUUUGGGAAUGAUUCUGAUCGCGGUGACGAUUCUAAAAAGGAAUCCUCGUCAUCUCAGAUGCCCAUGGUGUCGGAGCCCAGCUCCCUCUUCCAUCAGCUGGCCGAGCAGCUACAGCAGCAGAACCUGGAGCAGUUUCAGAAGCAGCUUUUAGAGCACCACCAACAGAAGGCGAUGAGCAUGGAAGGUCAGGACUCCAUCUUCGGCCAUGAGAACUCAAAUGCUCAGAGCGGCAGCCAGCAACAGCUUUCUGAACAGGACAACAAGCUGGAUGACACCAUAGACAACCAACAGCAGGACAUGGAUCUGGACGAGGGCCCAGAUGGUAUGGAGGAGGAUACGUUUGAGGCAGAGGAGAAGAAGAUUGUAAGCACGCGCUCCAGAACACGCUCAAGGUCACGAUCUAGGUCUCCCAAGAGGAGGAGGUCCAGGUCUCGCUCCGGCUCACGGAAGCGCAAACACCGCAAGCGAUCCCGCUCACGCUCCAGAGACCGCAAGAGGAAGUCCUCCCGGUCUUACUCGAGUGAGAGACACGCCCGCGAGCGAGAGAAGGAGCGGCAGAAGAAAGGACUACCUCCCAUCCGGUCGAAAACUCUCAGUGUGUGCAGCACGACUCUGUGGGUGGGACAGGUGGACAAAAAGGCGACUCAGCAAGACCUCACCAACUUAUUUGAAGAGUUUGGCCAGAUUGAGUCUAUAAAUAUGAUCCCGCCCAGAGGCUGUGCCUACAUCUGUAUGGUCCACAGACAGGAUGCAUAUCGCGCUCGCCAGAAGCUCAGCACUGGCUCCUUUAAGAUAGGCUCCAAAGUCAUCAAGAUUGCAUGGGCUCUGAACAAAGGGGUAAAGCAGGAGUACAAGCAGUUUUGGGAUGUGGACCUGGGUGUCACCUACAUACCCUGGGAGAAGGUGAAGCUGGAUGACCUGGACGGCUUUGCUGAGGGAGGAAUCAUCGACCAGGAGACUGUUAAUGAUGAGUGGGAAGCUGCCAAGAAUGCAGAGCCCGUCAAGGAAGUAAUAAUUCAGCCAGCCAGCGUUGAGACUCCAGCGGUGUCUAACACACACACUGAGAGCUACAGCCAGCAGGCCACCAUGAUGCCUGUACAGCUCCCAGUGGCCCAGCCUGUUCCCAGUGCUGUGGGUUUGGUGCCUCCUAACUUCCCUGUCAGUAUGGGUAUCCCCCCCCCAGGCUACGGGCCUCCACCACCCUUCAUCAGGGCCGGCUUCAAUGCCUCGCAGCCUCCGCCAGGUUUUAUGCAGGCAGCACAGACCGCAGCCAUGAAUGCCGCAGCUAAUGCUCUGGUGCAGCCUUCAGUGCUAAACAGCCAAGAUGCUGUCAAGGAUUCUCCGUUCAGUGCCAUGAUUCCUCCGGCCGGCUUCAUGGCCUCUAUGUUCCACCAAGUCCAGCAAGCAACCAAUGAAAAACCAUUGCAGUCUGCAGACGGUAUGGAUGCUGCAGCAGAGCUUACGCUGCAAGGCAUGCAGAACGCAGUGCGCAGUGGGAUGGGUCUCCUUGGCAUGCACCCCACAGCCUCCCUUGGCCACCAGCUGCACCAGUCUGCUCUGACCGGCCAGAGGAUGCCUGGCCUGCUGCCUCUGGAUGUUCGACCCAACAUCCUCCAGCCCGGGGCGGCAGCCCGCUUCCCACUCCUCAUGCAGCAGGGGCCCAUCCAGCAGGUUGCUGGCCUGCUCGAGAGUUCCCUCCAGGCUCAAGCCCGUGCCAGGGUCCCCUUCUCUCAGCUGGACCCCUUCAACAGGGUCCCAAACCUCGCCAAUGAAAGUGUGUCCAAGCUAGAAGACGAGUCUUCCUCUGGAGCUGAUGAGGGCAAAGACCAGGACUACCGAUUCCCUCCAAUGGAGAAGCCGAGCACAGGCCUGCUGAGGACCCCUCCACCAGACCAUAGGGAGGCCCUUGGAGGUGGCAGACCUCCCUUGCUCCAGACCCCAGGGGCUCAGCCAGGCAGAAGCAGCCUGGUGGGACGACUGCAGGCUCUCGCAGGCUUCACCCCUGAUAACCGCUGGAACCAGACCAGAGGGGACUUUGAUGAACGAGAUAGCAUGCGAGCAGGCCUCCAGGCCCCAAGCCCUGCAAAAGGCUUCCAGGAGGAGCGGCCCCCAUCUGGACAGAACUUCCCCAAUCGAUUUGAAAGCCGUCCUGGAACAGCAGUGGGAGCAGCAGGGGGAGCCGCAGGUGUUUCAGGCAAUGCUGUAGCUGUUGGGGGGCCGCAGGCCUGGAACCGCAGUAGCAGUAGUAGCAAUAAUAGUAGUAGUGGUGCUGCUGCUGCUGCUGCUGCUACAGCACCUUUUGACAGCGAACAACAUCAAGACCUAGAUGAGCGAAGACGCCCGUGGGACAGGCAGAGAGACAGAGAUGAAAGAGAAAGAGAGAGAGAUUUUGACUUCAGGAGGGAGAUGAACGGCAACCGCCACAGCCGAGAGAGAGACCGGGACCGAGAGAGGGACAGGGACAGGGAGCGAGGCAGAGACCGAGACCGCAACAGAGAGCCUGAGCGCGACAGAGAGCGCGACAAGGAGAGAGAGCGUGAGAGGGAUCGUGGGGGGUGGACGCCUCUCCUCCCUCUGCCCACACCUCUGCUUCCAACUCCAACGCUCAAUCCCAAUCUGACCCUGAACCAAGGCAAACUGCUGGCACCGCUUAAAUUGAACCCCCAGAUUCAGUCACGGUUCCAGUCCCCGCUCCUGCCUCAAGCUCAUGCCAAACCCUCUCUGUUGGGUCUGCCCCCAUCAGAGGUUCAGAUUAAGUCUCCACCUCCUUCCGAGAGCCAAGCAGCUGUGCCAGAGUCAGAAAGCCCAGCUCUGUCUGAGACACCGAAGGCCCACUCCCCACCCCCAGCCCAAUCACCUGACUGCUCACCUGACAACAAAUAUCAGAGCCCAUUAGCUGAGUCUCACAGCCAGGCCAAGUCUUCACCACAACAUGAGACUCCUCCACAAACAGAAUCACCAUCCCUAUCUCCGGCCCAGUCCCCUGAAAAGACCCCUGCUCAGUCCCCGGCUCAGGCUGCCAGCCUGUCCCCGGCCCAAUCCCCAGCACUGUCCCCAGACCAGUCACCCUUCAAAACCACUGCUUCCCCAGAGACCCCAAGCCAAGCUUCGCCGCUGAUUGAGGCCUCUUCCCAGGACUCACCUGUGGCCUUCACACAAGCCGUCAGCCCUCCUGAAGAGACUCCCUCUCUGGAAGAGCAGGAAAGCCCACAGAAAGACAAGGAGGAGGAGGAGUCACAAGAGAGAGCCUCCUCCCCCCAACCCCAGUGGGUCAACGGAGCUGGGAUGGACAAUAGUACAGGGGCCGAAUCUACACCCGAAGCCUUUCCCGAGCCCACCGAAGAACCCUCUCCCGACUCUGCGCUCCCUGAGAGCGAUCCGGAGCGGCUCGCCUCUCCUGAGGACGUAGACAAUGAACAGAGUGAGCCCAUGGAGGAAGCUGCGAGUCAGCCAGUGGUAGACACUGUCACAGACACUGAGGGGACAUAAUCAUCACUCAGUAGGUAAAAGAUCAUUUUGUAAAGUUGUCUCUUCUUCUCUGUACUCAUGUCAGCAAACCACCACACGGGACAUGGCGAAUACUGACUCAUGUCAGUUGCUGUCUUAUAACCAAUAACAAAUGAUUUUAUCUCUCACAAAUACCAGUGUACUUAAAUAGAUGGCUCAUUAGCUGAUUUACCGAUAGACCAUUUUUCUUUGUGUUUUUAUUUCCUUUUUUAAGUUGUAAUGCAACCCCACACGUUUUAAUGAAUCUAAGCUUGGCGAGUUUUAUUGAAUUGCCUACCAAACUGUUUCAAUUGUAUAUGGGGGAAAAUGCGCUUUGACCUUCCUAUGGAAGAAAGUUAAACAUCCUGGCUGAACGGAACAAAUACACACAAUACUUGAAAAAGGCAGUUGCUGGCCCAUUUCCUAUCUCCUCUUCUUUUUUAAAUGCUGCUGCAAAGUUUUCAGUGAAUGCUUUUGUGGUGUCCUACAAUGCUUUCUGUUUCCACACAGAAAAAAAUAGCUUGUAUACAGCGAGACAAGUACAGAGGCUUAUAAUUGGCAAAAAUGAACAUUAUUUAAGAUGAAAACAUGAAAAUGUUGUAACCCCAAAAUAAAUGUCUGUAAUUUGUUUCCAAUUAUACAUUGAACACAUACAGGAAAUAACAUGCCGGGGGGAGAAAAGGAACAGAGGCAUGUUCUCAUGUUGGGUGCAUAUUGUUUUAGUUUGAAAUAAACAUACUUUGUCUGUUUUAAAAGAAAAGAACAUGCUUUAGGACUGUUUUCUGACCCAGGACCAGUGGAAACUCAGACUGCUUUACAGACUCUAACACACUCAGCCAAUUUGACGAUCUCGUAACUCAAGUUGCUGCUAUACCAUCCAUCCAGAGCACUUUGUUGGAUGCAACCGUGGGACUUGUAGUUUUUUUUAGUUUCUGAUGAAUUCUGUUUCCUAAGCUUUUGCUGGGUGACUGUUGAGGAUGGGAUUGUGCCUUUUUUUGAAUGGAUUUGUCGAUCAUGAUGCUACCCAACACUACUGUGCGAUGUACCCCAGACUCAGUUUCAGACCGCUCUAUGAACACAAUGCUACCUGCACAGAAUUGACUGGCCUACCGUUUGAAUGGUAGCUGGGGCGCUUUGUACAGCACUCACCUAGAGAACACGUCUCAAAUAUACUCCAUCGUUCUGUGCAUGCAGGCCUGUAGCCAUGUUUUAACCUCCUUGUCUCUCUUUUGUCAUUUCAUACUUGUAGUGCUUUUCUGUUGAGACAUACUACUAGAAAUCCAUAGUCUGCUCUCAAACCAAAUGUCUACUACCGGAGUUGUGAUGUUGAAUAAAAGUUGAAGGUGCAUCGGA